CACCGAUAUAAUUUUUUUUAUACAUACAUACAAGCUAUGGAAAUAUGAAUCGAAGAAGUUAUUCUCCGCUCGGUGAUCCCUGGAAAAUCUGCAAGUUUUGAAUUUAUUAUUUAUUCAAACGACGUUACGUCCCCGACGAAAUUAUGUCGCAACAGCGAAUAGCUCGAUAUAUUUACGAUAUACUGAUUGUCAUCAUCCUUACGUUCGCUUGAAAUAUGGAGAGCAAUGGCAAAUAUGAGACACAGGGAUCCGCUGUUGCACCCCUGCAGAUCCACGCAGACGACGAGACAUCCAUUCGAGAUCGAAACCGGUACCAAUACCGGUGGACGAGGUCCCUGUGGCAGGAUAACGGACUUUGACCGUAUUUGGGAUGAGGAUUAUUCAUCGUUCUCACCACGAACUGAGGAGGUAUCCGUUGAAAGUCUGCUUAAAUAUUAAUGAUUAAUGUUCUCAAUUGCGUAUGGUGUCAUCUUCCCAAUCACAAGACGCGGCCUUUGGGGGAAUUGCGCUCGACAAUGCAGCCCACUAACAACCGGGCUGAUCGUCAGGAUCACCCUACCUGCAGCUGUUUUUUUAAAAAUGAUCAUCAUGAGCAAACAAUGGAAAUCAAGAAAACUGCAGACCGCACCUUACCAGAACCUAAACCGCAUCGUGCAUCAAAAAAUACUUGUACCAGGUGCCAUGACACGCGUAGAAAAACCAGCAUUGACGAUCCUGGAGGAGGAUCCGUAGUUGAGUUUUACGAAUUCUAUGAUGAGGGGGAAUCUCAAAGUUCCGUGCCGUCAGCAUCCUCGGUGUCCUCGGAAGAUAAAGUAUCGCCAUAUGUUUUGAAGCAGCAGAACGUUUCAAACAAAGAGGUUACACCGAAAGAAAUCAUGAAUUCAUGGAUACCGGUCAGAGGAAGACCCAUGGAAGGACUGUUCCCAACAAGUGACAACUACGUCGACAUUUCACCUCGAGGAUUUUCCUUGCGAAAAUACUUUCCCGAGUUAUUUUUGAGCGCAGCAGAAAGGAACGAAAUGCGAGCCCAAGAGCGUCGGGAACUCCAAGAGCAUGAUACAACCACACUACAGAAAGAGGAUUGCACACAUCCGAAAUGUCUUUGUGGAAACUGCAAUGAUUUGCCAAUCAUGAAAGACUGGCGAUCCGUCAUUGACAAUGUGGCAAUUAAUGCCCCGCCUCGCCCAUGGCGUGACAAAGAAGCACUAAUCACCAUAGGUAUGUUUUUUCACCCAUACUAA